CGCCGGCCAGGUGGUCCAGGCGGUGCCGGUGCAGAUGCAGGGUUCGGCGGCCCCAGCUGCCGGUGCAGUCCAGCAGUCUUGCGUGGCGAGGCCUGUGCAGGAGGAGGCGUCCCCGGCCUUCGCCGCGGUGGUGUCCGAGGAGGCACCGCCGGUGCUGCUGCUCGGGGACUCCCCUGCGGGGCGCUCGCCGCCUGCGAGCGGCGGCCUGGAGGAAGAGCUGAGCCAGGCCAGCUCGGACGACGACACCGAGACGACCUCCGACGGGUGGCCACCGAAGCCGCCGCUGCUGCGGUUCAAGAUGCGCGAGCUCUUCGCGGGCCGCUUCAAGACCUCGGAGGAACUCCAGCUCAUCAAGGAAGCGAACAAGAGCCUCAGGCGUGUCUCGGAGAUCACCGAGGUCGAUGUAAAGACUGCCGCGGUCGGUGAGAUGAAGGACAUCAUCAUCGGUUGGCUGAACCAUUUUUUCGAGCUGACGAUCUCGACUCAGCUGCAGAUGGAGGUUGGCUUCCCGGUCAUCGUGAUGUUUCUGUUGGACGCCAUAUACCCGCGCCGCGUGGCCUGGUGCUCGGUGGACUGGAAGCUGGCUUAUAGACGAGCGUUGGCGAAGAACUUCCAGGUUCUGAAGAAGAUGUGGGACGAGGUCAACAUGGACAAGGCCCGAGAGUUCCGCGUCGAGAACACGGCGCUCCGGCUUGAGAACAUGCAGGCGGCCGCGCUCAAAGAGAAGCUUGCCUUCUUGAAGCAGCUGAAGCGCUGGUUCGACGUCCGGGUACACCAUGCCCCACCUUACGAGCCCCUGCUCCGGCGCCACGAGAUCGCGGAGCUGUGCCGCAUUCGGGGUCACACGUUCGACUUCCCGCCGUGGAUAAAGCACGACAAGCAUCAGAAGGCAGCGCCUGCCGCUUCCAACACCCAGAAGUUUGCGUCGAUGCCAGAGUACAAGCGGCUCAUCUGGUUUCUAGGGUCUCCUGAGCACCAGGCGAUGUGAGUGACGUCUGAUAUGACCGCCAUUUCCCGUAGUCUCGGCCGCUCUCCUUCUUUGUCUGUGACCCGUCUUCGUUCGAAACUCCUGCUCAUACCCUCUUGCUCAGCGCCCCCUCAGCACCAGGCUCGCGCCGGCGCCCGAAAGGGCUCGUGCGCCCGUGCCAGGUCCCCGCGCGCGCCCGCGCCCAAAAGGGCCUGAGUUUCGUGGGCUGCCGCCCGCUACCUCCCACCGCGCGUGCGAACACAGCCGGGCGCGGGGGCCGCGGCGCUGAGAGGGCAGCGAGGCGGACGCGCGCGCGCGCGUGCGCGGCGACGUCGCACGCGGUGCGCGGAGGGCGGCCGCGGGGCUCCGUCUCGGAGGUCGCCGGAGCGCGGCCCCUGGCGCGGCCCCUUGCGAGGCGGGGAGUCG